UCAGACUUGGGUGCACGCACAUCCAUACAUGCACCCGCAAAUGACACACGAACGCGCGCGCACACUCUGCGUGAAAGUGGGUUUUUAGCACACCUCUGACGUCACUCCCGCACGUCAGCUUCUCUUGUCUCCAGUCGGCGUUAAUCUGUGGAGGAGUCUGAAGCGUCUCUGCGUCUCUCGGUGAGGAGUGGAGGAUCGUUAGCGCUUAUUAAAGGAUGCUGCAUGGGUUCACAGCGCUGCAGUGGCUUUGCUUCCUCUCAUUCCCACCCUGAGCAUGGACAACUAAAUUAAUACUAAAAGGGGACUAAAGGAGGACUUAUCACGCACUGAUCCACAUCAAGGGGGAGUUUAUCAUUCUAAUCAUUAACAAAAAUACCCAAAGGAGACACUUCAUCAUGUCGGCCAAAGAGAGACUUAAAGCCAGCAUGAGCAAAGAAAGCGUCACUCUGCUGCCCUGCUUCUACUUUGUGGAGCUCCCGAUCCUGGCCUCCUCAGUGGUCAGUCUGUACUUUUUGGAGCUGACAGACAUUUUCAAGCCUGUGCACUCGGGGUACAGCUGCAAUGACCGGAGCCUGAGCAUGCCCUACAUUGAUCCCACCAAGGAGGUCGUACCGUUUCUCAUGCUCUUCAGCCUGGCAUUUGUAAUUCCAGCAGCCACGAUUAUGAUCGGAGAGGGUAUCCUGUACUGCUUCCAGGUCAAAAGAAGGAUCAGCAUAAAAACCGAAGCCAACAUAAAUGCUGCUGGCUGUAACUUUAAUUCCUACAUCCGCCGGGCUGUGAGGUUUGUGGGUGUCCACAUCUUUGGCUUGUGCAUCACAGCCCUCAUCACAGACAUCAUCCAGCUGUCCACAGGGUACCAUGCUCCUUACUUCCUGACAGUGUGUAAGCCCAACUACACCAUCCUCAACACCACCUGUGAUGACGGUGCCUUCAUCGUGGAGGACAUUUGCUCAGGCUCUGACUCAGUAGCCAUCAACGUCGGAAGGAAGUCUUUUCCAUCACAACAUGCCACCUUGGCUGCAUUCGCUGCAGUCUACGUCUCAAUGUACUUCAACGCCACCUUAACUGACUCCUCCAAGCUACUCAAGCCCCUAUUGGUCUUUUCCUUCAUCAUGUGUGCGGUCAUCUGUGGUCUGACUCGCAUCAUCCAGUUCAAAAACCAUGCCAUGGAUGUCUACAGUGGUUUCCUCAUCGGAGGAAGUAUAGCCAUCUACCUGGGUCUUUAUGCAGUGGGCAACUUUAAACCCAGCGAGGACACGUCCCUCCGGCAGCGGCCACGUCCACAGCCACGUCCUCAACCCCCACCCAUGCAGAUUCCACCCCAGCCUCAGCCGAUCAUGCCUCCUCCGGCCCUCCGUGAGCCCCUGCGUCCUCUCCCUAACCUUAACUCAGAGCCCCCACGCCUCCUUCAGCCAAAGAGUCUGAGCGUAAGGGAGCGUCCAACUUCAGCUCGCUCGGAAAGCAUCCUACUUAGAGGACCUCAUCGUGACUCUUCCUUCAGUCUGAAGAGGGCCAGCACUGAGUUGGAAUGCAUCACUGCUGCUAGCCACCUGUACCAGGACAGCAUGGUGACCUUCAGCAACACUCUGCCUCGUUCACACUCUAUAGGUGCGGAGGAACCAGUACCACGUCGUCACGCCGCGAUCCAUGCUUCCAUGGACUCCACACGAUCCAAGCAGUUGCUCUCACAAUGGAAGAGCAAGAAUGAGAACCGAAAGCUUUCAUUGCAGGCUGGAGAGGGUCCUGAAGGGGGCAUGGAAGUACGCUGCAGCUCUGAACCCACUGCCAUGGGUCUGGAGGGGCCACCUGGACAAUAUAUGAAGAUGGCUGCCAGUGUUGUGCCCCUAGCUAACCACAAUGGUGGGGGAGGUGGUGGUGGUGGUGGAGCCAGGGUGUCCAUUCAGUCACGGCCAGGCUCAUCACAGCUAGUACACAUUCCUGAGGAGACACAAGAGAAUGCAUGCUCAUCUCUGCAGGAGGACAUGGAGGAAGUAAGUGAUGGUGGAGGAGGAAUGGUCGGGAAUGCAAGAGCAAAAUGGAUGAAGAUGGCAGAGAUGAGCGCCCCCUGCAGGACUAACAGCCAGCCACGGAUAAUGCAGGUGAUCGCCAUGUCUAAACAGCAGAGCAUCAUACAUGGAAGCCCCAAGAGCGAGGGCAGUGCUGUCAGCCGCACAGGAUCCAUCCGUUACAAGGCACUGACAGAGCAGGACCCUGGCACAGGCAUCGUGCAUGUCGAUGCACAUCCGGAAAACAGAUCCAAUUCUGAUGCCGGUGGGUCUUGGAGGUGGAAGGCACCACCAGAGCGUGUCAGCGUGCGCCAGUGCUUUGAGCUCAACGAUCUCAACCGCAACUCAGAGAGUUGCGAUUCCCUUAAGGACGGCUCUGUCCCUGAUAUGAACAACCCUCAUCAUCCACACUUUCACCAUCAUCACCAUUUUCACCACCCACACCAACACCAUCAGGCCAUUACCACCAUCCGUGUGACACCUGUAGAGUCAAGCAGCGAAGCCGAGGCUGCCUCUGAGACGCUUUCUCUUGCCUCCAGCCGUGACUCCACCCUGCGUCGCAAAAACGUCAUCCUGCUGCCUGACCGAGGCCCGAGUCCGGACAAUGCCAGGAACCUGCCACACUUUUUCAAAGCAUCUCCUACGCCUCCUCCCACUGUGACAUUCAAAGAGUGAACUCAAGCUCAUUCCAUCUUUUUGUUUCAGAGUGGCCUUGCUCUCUUACCUGACUCGCAGUUCUCUGGAAGGACAGAUGGGAGUCACACUGGAUAUACAGUAUAUUUCCUUUUCACCUGUACUGGCUCCUUCCAACUUUGUAAGGUGGUGUUAUGUAUUUUCACAUUUUUUGAUGUACUGUGACAUUGAAAAAGCACAAAAGUUCUUUUUUCGCGACUCUUUCGCAAGGGUGGUUUUGUGGUUUAAUUAAUUACACUUUUCAUUUUAUAAUAAUUGAUACUAUGGUACAUGAGGAAACUUUAUUGUCACGGAUAGUGUGUUCACUACCUAGGCAGUGUUUUUUGUUUCAUUUUUUUCCCCACUUUGUGCUUAACAGAUGUGUGUUGUCUCAUAUGGCAACAUGUGGGUGCUUUUUGAAAUGUAGUUUCAUACCUUAUCCAUUGUGUUGGUAUAUUUUUCUCAGUGUAAACACUUGUAAUGGAACACAUUAUUCAACAUCAUUAUUACAUCUCUGCUAAUGGCUAAUAAUUAUUCUACACAUUGCUUUUAGGCCAGUAGGGAAAUGUGAUUGCGUCACAGCGAUAGUGCAGUUACCAAAUUUUUGGAAAUGGAGUGAUGGAAGUUUGAUAGAGUUUCCCAUAAACACUGUGCGUUGUUUUAGCCAUUCUUUUUUUCAUUUAGGGACUAGAUAAAUGCUUUUUGCCUACACUGAGGAAGGUUUUGCCUUAAGACAGGUGUUGAAGUGCCGACGAGGAGGUUCAGACACAUCUCACAUUAUCCUCACGUUUCCUAUCUUUUCAGUAUACUCACAAUAGAAGUAAACAUCGUAUUUUGUAUUCAACUCAUAUUUGAAUUUGAUAUUUUUUCUCGGUUCUCAUUUUGUUUUUGAAAGCCUGGUUUGCUCCUCACUUGUGGUUUGAGCACAUGUGUAAAAUUAUGUUUUCUUUCUUUGGGUUGAUGGGCUGAAUAUUUACAGUGACGUUCCUGUUGAAUUUGUUUUCCUCUUACCUUCUUCUCACUUGCCAACCUGCUCCUCCUCCUCCACCUCUCUACGGGUGAAUAUAAAAAUCCAACUACCCUACACAAAGACUCCAGAGGAAGCACCGGUGAUUUAAAACUCUUUGGUUGAUUUUGCCGCCUGAUUUUUUUUUUUGUCCUUUCUCCACACUGCAGGAACAUUCUGCGAAUAAUCUUUCUUCAUACAGUGCCUCGGAGAGAUUUAGAGUAAGUUAUUGAUUUCUUGCCUGUUAUUUACUGUAACUGUCCAAACAUUGUACAGUGUUUCCUCAAUAUGGUGCAAAAUUAACAGACAUCCUUGACACAUUUAGACACUCUCCUUAGAUGGAUUAUGUCACUUUUUGAGAUUUUUUUUACGGGCCUGAUUUGUUAGCAUUGGAAACGCGAUGUUUUGCCAGAGAAAAUACCAUAUUUUCUGGAAUUUUCUAUAAGAUAGCCACUUGUUAGUGUUUUAAUACUACUCCAGUAGACAGGGUAGUUUGUAACCAUAAGAUUGCUGCUAACAUUAAAAAUCCCUGAGUUUAGCAUCUGUCUAAAUGUUUGCCCAGUCAUCUAUAAGCUUAUUUCGCAAGUGAAAAUGGCAGCAAGUGCAUUCUGAGAAAAUGACGUAAAGAUUAAAAAAGAGCAAAACAUAGCUUUGCUAGUUGUAAUCAGCAUUAUAAUUGCAAUUCUGAUCAGACAAACAAAAACUCUUUCAGACUAAUUCUGGGUCUAAAAGCAGUGAGAAGGCAGGACUAUUAUAAAUGCUUCAGCUCAACAUACAAUACUGCAACACUAAUGGGAGAAAAGCUUAAAUAGAGUAUACCAAUAAAAAUGUCUGAUGUGUCAUUUGUGAGGCAGAACAUAUAUUAGAACUGAAUUCAUACCACAGUGCAGUUGAACUCUUAAAUCUGAAGCUGUGGCUAAUUUUCUAUAGCAGCAGUUCCGGCUAUAAUUCAAAUCAUAUUAUGAUUAUACAACAGUUAGGUCCGGUCCACUAAUUUGUACCACGCCGCUUGUCUGUGUUCUCUACGUAAAAUUCCAAUUCUAGCAAUAGUUUGUUGCAUUGAAACUGUUACUACAAUUAUUAUGGGCUGUCAGUCAGUCUGUGCAUUGCAUGGCAACACAUAGUGAUCUAUCUAUCCUGCUGUGGCUUCUUUAGGAAAUAUUUAAAUUGACAGAGCAAAAAUAAACUAAAUAUUUGUUCGUAUUGUGUCUGAAAUGUCACUCAAUAUUAAUGUCUUGAUUAUAGAACUGCUGCAUAAAAGCAACAUCACACUCGCAUUUGUACUGUUGUACCGAAUAUCAGCAUGACUGCGAUUACCCGUGGCCAAAUUACAGCCGUGCUGAUAUUUAGUGCAGCUGCACUCUUGCUUCUGUGAUAUUGCUUAAUUAAUGCGCUCGUUCUAAAACAUUAUUGUUGCUACAGUAACAGCUAAUUCACAGGAAUGGUGGACUCUCCACAUGAUAAUGUUAUGUCUAAUAAUAAGAAAGAGAUUUUAAUAACAUGUUAACAAAUAAAAACAUGACAAGGUACAGUAAAAAAAAAAAAAGAGGCUGGUGAGGAAAUGAUUGUUCAGAGCUAUAAUGUAACUUAUAAUGUAGGUGAUAAAAGGAACAACAAUAAAUGGUUAAAAUUAUAAAGCAUGUUGUUUAUUAAUCAAUUACAAAUAGGAACCGUUGGCAAAUCGUGGUAGUAUAAGCGGAAUAAAGCACUUGAGAAUGUGUUGUUAUAGGAAAAUAAUCCACUUCAGGCCAUCUUGCAUCACUCCGUCAUGUUUUAUUCCUUACAUAUUCGAUUAUAUUAUUAUAUAUAAAGUAAAAAGUGAUACAUCCUGAUUAAAGUGACUACUACUACUAGAUUAAACUGACCAUUAGUGACUUUUUUAAACCAGAUAGAAUUUAGCGGCAUGUGUCUUAUAUUUUGUGGAGAUUGACUGUCCAGAAAAUAUGGUAUAGUUAACGUGCACAUGAUUGGUCGGAGUAUUUCACAGUGAUGACAUCACUAAGGAACCACACCAUAGUGAGUCUGACACUUGGAGAUAUCACACAAUGUAAGUGUUCUUCAUCUGUGAAGAAUCUUCUAAAACUGUGCAUUUCUACAUUUCUAAUCCUAAACAAUGCCAUAUACACAUUUAUAAAAUGAUUUUAAAAAAUGAAAAAAGAAAGUAUUAAUUAAACCCUGAUAUCUGCAACAUGGUUAGACAUUAAUUUAUUCAAUGUACAGGAUCAUUUACACAGUAUAACCUAAUCAUGUAAGAUUUCCAUGAUUUUUUUUUGUUGUUGUUGUUGUUGUUUGUUUUUGAUUUGUUCAGAAUUAGACAAUAUAAAUAUGUGUAUACAGAUUUUUCAAUGGAGUGUACGUCUGAAAAAUCAGAAGUGAUCCAUUUCAUUUGAGAAUUUUAUACAUGACUGUACAGUAUAAAUGUACCCUACUUUAAGGCUUUAACCAGAUCUUAUAGCUGCAUGGUCAUUUGAUACGGUAUGUCCUGUAACUACAGUUUCUGUUCUGGUUUUGUACAUGAUGCCUUUUUAUGGUGGUGGUCAGUACCUUUAUGCUCUGCCAUGCAUUUUAUCCAAUCAGCUGAGUAACCACUAGAAAUUUAUACCACUGUAAAUAGAUAUUUGUAACUUUGAGAGAGCACAUGUGGUGAUGUAAAUUAGAAAAGAGAUGUUACAUUUGCAAAGUGUUAACCUUUCAUAUGAGUAUUUGUUUAAAGAAAGCUCACAGGGUGCACAUUUAUUUGAGUGCCAUAAAGAAAUACAUUUCAUAUUUAUUUUUUCUUUGACAAAACAAUGUUAAAUGUGUGAGAAAUGGCUUUUCUGAGUGAAGUUUUAGAACAAAUAAUUGAACGUGGGGUUUUACUCGGCAGUGUGUUUUGAUUUGGGGACAGUAUAUCUUAUACAUAUUAAAAUAAA